AGCCAUCUGAAGCAUUCUUAGCUUUUAGAAAUAUAGUCGAGACUAAAACCCAGCAGCAGUAUCGAAUAUCAUUUGGUAGGAUAAUUCUUUUAAAAUGGCUUCCAAUCUCGUGUGUAAGGUCCACCCAUUAGUCCUGUUUGGUGUUAUUGAUGCUUAUGAAAGAAGGAAUGAAGAUGCUAAGCGUGUUAUUGGAACAUUACUAGGUGAAUAAUGCAAUUAUAAUUUAAUACACCGAUCUAUAAAGAAAAUAAAAAUUUGGCAUAUCCAAUUCAACAGCUGGUCGGUUGUCGGCCCAUCUGCAUCAGUACAAGUUUAGUAGCCUUAUUCAGGCUUAUUCUAAUUCUAAGUGAACUUACUGGUUACCGACGGCAGUAAAUAGAUCAGUCACCAAUGGCAACGGCCGUGCCUAAUACUAUACUACUUACUAACUAAUGGUAAUUAAUAUAAAAUAAGGUAAUCUACCACUUAAGUUUAAGCAUCCCCCCAAUUUCAGAAGCAUUCACAAUCACAGCCAGCCAGGUUUCACACUCCUCCCGCUUAAAAUUGCACCAGUCUGCACCAGUCGGACCAAUAGUGACAUUUCAGACAUCAGCCUCGUGUGCCAUCUGCAACUGUGGCAUAUCACAACACUAGCAGUCUCAGUAAACUAAAAUAAUAAUUUGCUUGAUGCUGAGGUGACGUCCUGUAAAGAAAGAGACCUCUCGUACCGUAUUGACUUUCAGUAGCUGCAUACAGCACAGGCCCUGCAGACACCACAUAAUCAUACUGAUUUUUAUCAGGUGUCCAUGCUCACAUUAUCGUGCUGAAUUAGGGUGCGAUAAAUUCGGCAGUAGUGUGGACAGCCGCCAUACUUCUUCAUUGCGUAUCUGAAAGUAUCAAGCACUUCAGGCAUCGGCUCUAUUGUAGUCUCUCCACUUUUUCUUCCUGUCAUAUCGGUAGCUCAGUAAUAAUUAUUUUAAUUAAUUCUGCUAAAUAACUUUAUACGGAAGCGGAACUAUUAACGGACAUUAAUAUAAGAAUAAUUGUUAAAAUAGCCCUUCAAACCGGAACAAAUGGCCCACACUCAAGUGGUAGAUUACCUUAAAAUAAUAUAGGUUCUACUUAGCUAACUAUGCCUCAGAAGCGUCACUCUUGUCUUUAGAGUUUAUAGGGGUUUGUGGAUGGACUGCACCCCUUGACCAGGUGACGCUUACUAGGACUGUUGGGAAUGGCCGGGGGGGGUGUCAAAUGAAAUAUUUGGGAGAGCUUGCUGGCAGCUUAAUUCUUUUUCAUGCAAAAGAUCUAGUUUAAAUAAAUAAAUAAUUUUAAAAAACAGGGUACAGUAAAUUGAUGCUAUCCGGGUCCACUCUUUAGUAGGCACUUCGGUAAGGUCCGAAAUGACGAAAACCGGGUAACAGAAUAUCGUCAAAAUGGCUACCUCCACUUUUUAUUUACAUUGAGUCUCAUUGUUUAUGAUUUUGUUGCUAAUUAUAGCCCAGCAUCUACAUUCUAUUUCCGCUCAAAACCUAAAACUUAGACAAGAUGUUCUAUGAUUAGACAGCUUGGUUUUUUUAAAAUUGAGGUCUUAACUUUGAAAGUUGAAGGUACAAUAAUGCUAAUUUUCCUCAUUUAUAUAUUUUUUUGUGGAAGGCAUAUACAGUGGAACCACUCCUAACGAGUUUAAUUCGUUCCAGACUCUUACUCGUUAAGCGAAAAACUCGUUAAACUAAACAAUUUUUCCCAUACAAAUCAAUGUAAAAUACGAUAAUGCGUUCCAUGCUGAAAAAAUACUAAUUUUUCAAAAAAUUUUAUUAACAUUUAUUCAAAUAAAAUUACUUAUGAAUUGUUAAGGAGUGUAACAACUUGGAAUACAAUUUAGAUUUGAAACAAAAAACGUAAAUAAAAAUAUGAUUUUAUGACAAAUAAUUAAUCCUUUUUAACUAGAAAACUGUCUAAAGACAUUUGUUUUUGCAGACGCUUCAAAAUUUGACGAAAAUGUGUCGCAGCAUUAUCAUUGAAUAAAUUUGUAGCACGAAUAGCCACGGUCACACCUUGUUCUCGCUUUUCAAUAAUUUUACGUUUAAUUUCAACAGUUAUUUUUUCUCUUUUAUGAUUAUCUUCUUGUGUUGUUUUUUUCGAAGACAUUUUAGCAUAGGUUAUUACACUUUGCACAUAAAAAAAUUACGAAACUGUCUUAAUACAAAAUUUGUAAAAUCUGGUGAUCACACGAAAACAAUACGCCAACAGACCGAGUGCUAAACAACAUUCUCUGUUGGAGUCCUCUGCACAGGUUUGCAAAUCAAAUUCAGAUAACAUUUUCAUUUUAUAACACAUUUUUAAAAUCCCAUAACUUUUAUUUUUGUGGUUUCAGGGGUCGUUGAAAAGGGUGUAGUGGAAGUAACAAACUGUUUUGCUGUUCCUCACAAUGAAUCAGACGAUGAGGUAUUUGAAAGCUUCAGUUUUAUGGGUCAAAUUUUUUAAAAAGUUUUUCUCAGUCAUUUAAACAAAUUUUUAAUGGUCAUUUUGUCUAUAUUGUAACAUUCUGAUUAUUAUUGUUAUUCCAGGUUGCAGUGGAUAUUGAGUAUGCACGUAAUAUGUAUGAACUUCAUAGAAAGGUUAACAGCAAUGAGAAUAUUGUGGGAUGGUAAAGAAAUAAUUUUUAAAAAUAUAUUAUCACACAUUCAGUUGUUUUUUUUAUAAGCUAAAUCAUUAGAAAAUUUCAACAAUGAUAUUUUAAUAUAUAUUUAUGUGUAUAAAAUAUGUUGUUUUUUGUUUGCUUCUUGUUUAUCUUUAAAUUACUCUUCAUUGUCUAAAUCAUGAGGUUCUGUACAAUGGAAAGGACUGCACAUUUGCAAUAGAUUCAGUUAUGUUUUGUUUUUUUUUAAUUGACAGGUUUUCAACAGGAUCAGAGGUCUCAGUACAUUCGGUACUCAUUCAUGAUUACUAUUCAAGAGAAGUUAAAAGCCCUAUCCAUCUAACUGUUGACACAUUUGUCAGGGGGGGGAAGAUGGGAAUCAAGGCUUAUCACAGGUAUUUCAAUUAUUUUCUUUGCAUACAUGUUAUUAUUUAUUUAAUAAUGAAAGAUAAAUGAACUUUUCAUUUGUGAUUCUGGUGCUGGUACCGUAAUGAAAAGUCAAUUUUUACUCAAAAACCAAAUUCGCUGCAGUCAUCCCACUCAGGUGGUUGAGGUUUUUUUACUCACCUGCCGAGGAUAAUUGUCUUACUUGGCUAAUGAGUACAUUUCUCAUGGCUAUUUACCCAAAGUUGUACUUGUUUCAAUUUGGUUGAGAGCCAGGCACAUCACAAUUUUGGCAAUAGGCUGGCCAAAGCUCACAUAGAUUAAAUAUAGUUCAGGAAAUUUAUAAUCCUUAAUCCAUAUAAUCAUUAAAUACAAAACUUUAUACUCAAAUAAACCUUCUAAAAGAACCUAAUUAUCUGUCUUUAUCUGGAAUCAAUUUUAUAUGUUAAAGAGGUAUUUAUUACAGUAUUUAAAAUUUACUUGCAGCAACCUAAAUCUUUAAAUUAUUUCACAGCACUGCCAUUGGAGUUCCAGGGAAGACAACUGGCACUAUGUUCACACCUGUGCAGGUGGAGACAACCAGUUAUGAUCCUGAACAAGUUGGAGGUAAAUUAAUUUUUAAAUCUUCACAACAAAAAGAUUUGUGAUGAUAUCAAACUUGGAUUUUUAUCUUUUAUAACAGUUUUUAGAAAAAGUAGGCACAGGGAUAAAAUGAAAGACCAAUGCAAAUUUAUUUAUCCAGAACAUUAGUUAUACAAUUUGCACAAAAUAACAUUUUAGCCAGAUUAAAAAUUUAGUUGUGUCCCAUUUUGAUAUUUUUCAUCAGCUGUUUAUAUAUAUAUCUUUUUAAACUGUAUAUUAAACGUUAGUUUAUUUAUUGAUUAUAAAUAAUUGAUAAAAUCCUAUGAUUUAUUAUUUUAGUUGAGAUUCUCCAGAAGGGUAAAUAUAACCCAAAGCGUAUUGUUCAGCUCAAGUCAGACCUGAGGCAGAUUGAGAAUUCUUCACAUUGGUUGAAAGAUAAUCUGCUGCAUGUUAUACAAUUUGUUGAUGAUGUAUUGGUGAGUUAACCUAUUUUAAUAAAGCUUAAGGAUUUUUUAAGGAAAUAAUAGUUUGGGUUAGUCUAACUUUAUAUCUCAUUUAAUAGAUGAUUGCAAAUCUAAAGAUAUUUCAGUGAAUAUUAUUUUUAAUUUUUUUCAUUUAUUAUUGAUAUAUUCAACUUCUCCUUUUUCACUUAGGCUGGCAAAAUACCAUCUGAUAAUGUCACUGGUAGGUUUCUACUGGACCUUGUCACAGGUGUACCUCAUAUCGAACCAGACAAAUUUGAAGAUAUGCUUAACUCCAACAUGAAGGUACUGCUUUGCAAUUUUUAGCUUUGUGUUAAUAUGCCUUCCUACUGAAAGUUGACAUGCUCAGGGCCUUUUAAGUUAUUGCCAUCAUUGAUCCUACCACUGGAAUUGCAUUAGCAAUGUGGGGGAGGGGGAGCUCUUUUGUUAGUCAACUGCCAUUGUUUCAUACCUUUAGUUUUACUCUACAUUUGGUUUUGAUCAGCUGCCUGAACUCUGGCCUUUGAGUAAAUAAAUGCGGCUAAUUUCAUCAUUUAACAUUUCAUCGAUUUUUUUUUUUUUUAAGUCUGUAGCGACGUGAAAUGAAAAAUAAAUAAUUUAGCUGUAAUAUUUUUGAAUAUAAGGCACUUUAUAAAUUUAAAAAUUUCUAAAUUUGUAUAUUAAGUAAAAUAUUACUGCAGGUGUUAAGUGCACAUUAAUUUGCUCUCCAAAUUCCCUGCAUAAAUAUUUUCUUAGAAGAUAUAAUUUAUCAAAGGGCUCUUCACUCAAAGUUGCCAACCACCGGUUAAGAUCAUGUUCAGAUUCUCCAUUUUAUGUUCUGUUUUUUUUUGGGUGGAUGACUUUGUGUUGAAAAAAAAUUUCCCAUAUUCAUUUUUCAAAUAUCCGCUCUUCUGCAACUUUCUGCUUUUUAAAAAAUGAGAUCUAUUAUACUUUUUAAGUCUACACCACCAGAUAUGAUUGUUUCAAUCAACUGAAUUGUUUUUACUACAGGCACUUGUAACAAAAACACUUAUUAAUUUUCACCAGGAUCUUUUGAUGGUAGUGUACCUUGCAAACCUAACCAAGACUCAGCUGGCACUGAAUGAGAAGCUUAGCACUGUGUAACCACAGCUACAUCUCACAAGCAUUGUACAUUUUUUCUAAUUUAACUGAAAUAUAAUAAAAACAAUAAUUGAUCAAGAACAUGUUUUUGUUUUUAUUUUUCAGAUUUUUGAUUCGUUAAAUAUAAUAUCUAUAC